AUGUCCCAUGCUAGGGUCGAUGAAUUGGUGGAAUGUCUGGGGAAGGCCAAGUACCUGAGCAUGUUAGACCUGUGUGAAGGUUACUGGCAGGUACCACUGACUGAUGCGGCUAAAGAACUGACUGCUGUCCAGGCCCCAUUAGGGCUAUAUCAUUUUAAGGUUAUGCCGUUUGGACUGCACGGAGCUGCAGCCACUUUUCAGUGGUUGAUGGAUCACGUGAUUUCCGGGACUGUGGACUUUGCUGCUGCCUAUAUAGACGAUGUGGUGAUUUACAGUGCAUCCUGGAAGGAACAUCUGCAUCACUUAGCAGAGGUGUUUCGAAGGAUAGAAAAUGCAGAAUUGGUGGUCAAUGCCAAAAAGUGUAACCUGGCGAAACCUUAA